CUUCAUAGCCUAGAACUGAGCUUUCUAACUUAGAACUUCAUUAUUUUUUUAUAUACAUUUUUCACCAAACACAUGUUUUGAUAUAGUUCGAGCUUUUACAAAGGGGUCUUCAAAGCUGCUCUUGACUCAUUUAAAAACGCCACACUUUCUUAAAACAAAAGUGGUCGGCAAAUCCCAUACUAAAUUUUCAAAAAUAUCCCUCAAUUUUUGCUGGUACUCUACUACAUUCAUCUGAACAAGCCUCUCUUUCAUGCCCAACUCUGCUCUCCACACUUUUAUCACCAAAAUCCGUACUCAGAAACAAUUUUAGAAUUUUUCAGAUUCACUUAAUGUAACUAGAAUAUUUCGAGAUUAGUUUUUUAUAAUACUCGUCAAUUUUAUUCAAUUGUCAACUUGUAUAUAUGAAUUUUCUUUCUUUUUCUCUUUCUCUUUUUUGUAUAUUUCUAGUGCCGCCUAUUAGGAUAUGUAACUGUUACUGCAUAAGACAGCCCAUUAGUUCAUAAGCUCACUGAAAAAUUAAAAAUCAAAAAUCAAAAAUCGAAUAUCGAAAAUCAAAAUUGAGACAAAAUCGUAGUCAAAAGAAACAAAAAAAAAUCGAAAAAGAAAAAGUCAAAGUAAAAAAAUCAACAUUCCUUAGUGAAAAUUUACAACACUUGCACUGCAAUUAAAAUUAAGCAAUUGAGAAUAAGUUCAAUCACAAAAUAAUCAAACGAAAGCAUUUAAUUGAGAAAUUAGCGAAUUGCAAUCUUCAAAAUGAUGAAAGCCACAACAAAUAAAUCGAGCGUUUAAAAAGCGCGCGAAACGCGUGCAAUACAGAGAAGUGAGUUGAAAAAUUACUGGACACCCUCCCGGUGUGCCAAGAUUUCAAUAGAUCUAUGUGCAGUCGGUUAAAUUGUAGAUUCGUUCAUUUAACUGAAGAUGACAAGGUUGAAGUAUGUGAUCAACGUGUGGCUGUGUGUCGCGAUCACGCCAACGGUCAAUGCAGACGUAAACAAUGUAAAUAUUAUCAUAUACCGAUUGUGUUGCCGCCGGCGAAUGUCAUGGCUGCCAUCAUUCAUACAAACAGCAACAACAACAGUAACAAUAAUAUACAUAGCAACAGUAGCAGCAGCAGCAGCAGCAACACAAGCAGUCACAGCAGCAACAGUAACAACAGCAACAACAACAACCAGAACAAUCAAAUGCAUACAAUCUCACAACAACAACAACAACAGCAAGCACAUGAACAAUAUCCACAGCAUGUCAAGUCAACAGCAACGGCAGCAGCAGUAGCACCAACGACUGGCAUUGCCACCAACUACAAUAAUAAUUUGAUAAUAAUCGAGCCACAGCACCACCAACUUCACCAGCCACAGCAGCAGCAGCAGCACCAACCACACUACAACUACCAUCACAACAACAAUUACAUUUCAACUCACUACAGCCCCAGCAAUAGCAGCAGCAGCAAUGUCAGCCUCAACAGCAAUAACAAGCAUGCCACGCAUACAAUCUAUCAACAACAACCGGCCGCAUUUCAUCUGCCCCAUUUCACCUGUCAUUCACCCUACUCGCCGUCAUCCGCAUCCUCAUCGUCAUCCUGCUCCAUUGCCACCUCACCCACAGCGCUCACUUCCGCUACAUCGACUUUGCCGACCACCUCCACCGUGACCAUGCCCACAGCCAUUGCCACUGUUCCAGCGCCACCACCACCACCAGCUGGCACUGCUUACUUGAAGGCGGCGCCACAACAACUCACCGCAUAUGCCAGCAGCGGCGCUUACGAAUUGGCCACGGGUACGCCCACUUUGUUGCUUAGCAGCGAUUACAAUUCAAAUUGCAUUCCAAUUUUGACAGCGCAGCAACAGCAACAACAACAAUCGCCUGUCGCCACCGCAGCAUCGUACAUUUAUCCGACACAUCAUCAACAACAAAGCGCGGCCGCAGCACAACAACAUAUGAUCAAAUAUGCAGCGGCAGCAGCGGCGGCGGCGGCUGCCCAGCACCAAUUCCACUAUGCAGCAGCGCCACAAAUGUUGACAGCCGCCGCGCCUCAGCACAUGCUAGCCACUGCAGUUACAACAACCGCUGCAGCGCCGCAUUCACAUGUGCUGACAGGCGCUGUGGCUGCAACAGCCAACACACCACUAGCGGUGGCAACAACUACAGCAGCUGAAGCAGCGGCGACGGCGGCGGGCGCCAUGGUGGGCGGCUGCAUAUGAAAUGCGCAAUUCAACGGGUACAGCAGCAACAGCUACCACCAACAGCAGCAUCAAAAUUUGUGGCAACAACAACAACAAGCACUACAAUAUCCAAGCCAGCAGCAACACGUAAUUAUCAUCGGCAGCAAUGGCGGCGCCGCUUAAGCCUGUGAGCGAUAUGUCCAAGCGACAAGCGCUAGACGAAGUGCGCAGCUGUACAACGUAUGCGCGCAGCCUGUGGAAUCAUUGCUAAGUGGCGUUCAAGCAGCAGCAAACGUGCGACGUAAGUUGCUAACGACAUUUCCAAUUCUCACUCGAAUAUUUUUAGCAAUAAGCAUCAUAUGUUUGUAUAUGUCUUUAUGUAUGUAACUGAAGGCGUGCGAGAGCGGCUCAAUUUGCUCUAUCAACCGCGCGGCCAGUUGGCAGCGAUUUUAGUUUUUAAAUUUGUUAAUUUCGUCAACAUAUCUUGUUUUAUUUUAUUUGGUUUUGUUAUGUGAAAAAAUAUACUCUUAAUGUUUCUCCUGUGUACUGACAUAUUAAGUACCAAUUACCAUGUAACAAUUAACGAUUACCGAUUGUCUGUUGUGACCCCUCACCACGUAAUAAAAUGUAGUUCAUAUAGUUUUAA